CACCCAAAUCACCCUCUUCAAAAAAAAAAAAAUUCACCCAAAUCACCAAAUCAUCUUCUUCCUUAGAAUUAAUCCCUCCGCCUUCGCCCGCUCCGUCCCUUCUACCUGCCACCGCGCGCCGCUCUCGCUUCAGCCGUGCGCCCCCUGCCACCCCUCCUUGCAGAGACUGCACCGCACAGUCGCGCAUAGGGCUGAGCCCCUGCAUGGCCUUUCCAGUCGCCCCAAGGUCCAGCCGCGCCCCCAGACUCCCCCAGAGUUCAGACGGCCACCGCGAGCUGGCCUCGCCAGCCGGAGUCCGAUUUCUCCGAUUCUCUCUGACAAGGAAGCCUUACACGAUUACUAAGCAGCGGGAGCGAUGGACUGAAGAGGAGCACAAUAGGUUUCUAGAAGCUCUCAAGCUCUAUGGCCAUGCUUGGCAGCGAAUAGAAGAACAUAUAGGAACCAAGACUACUGUGCAGAUAAGAAGUCAUGCACAUAAGUUUAUCACAAAGGUGAGUGGACGGCCACCGGGAGUCGGCCUCGUCCAGCUGGAGCUAAAUUAGUGUCCAAGUUCUCCGAUUCACUCUGCUACCUACCGCGAUGAGUUAAAGGAAAUUGCUCCCUAUACUCUUUUGAAGUGCUCGAGUGACGCUACAACCUUGGUAUGACAAGCACAUUAUUUCAUUAUCAAGUUUCAAGAAUUGAUCAGUUUGAUAUGAUUCUGUGCAACUGAAAUGCUUUGAUUCUUGAAUAUGAUGAUGUGCACAACCCUACACUAGUCUAAUGAUAAAUACAAUGUCUCCUCUUUUUCUGUCUUGUGCUAAUUGCUGCAUAAUCUGCAGAGAAUUAGAGUCCAAGUAAGGAGUGUGUACAUUGCAGGUAGAAGCCAUCAAAAGGCCUUUACUUUUAUGCAUAUAGGAUCAGAAUCACCAACCUAUCCGAUCGCCCGGUGCAACUUCUUAGACGUCAUUGGAUCAUAACUGAUGCCAAUGGAAGAACUGAGACAGUCCAGUUAAGCUUCCAGUUUCCCACCUUCUACCCCUCAGUACUUCAAUAGACUCGAUUCUGUAUCUGUUUUAAUUUGAGGUAUUAUGCUUCACUUUCUCUAUUGAGCACGUCGACUGGCAAAAUGGUGAGACGCGUCUAUCAGAAAUGUGUUAUGGUCCAAAAAUAUGGGAAUAUGAAGAUAGAAUGUCUUAUUUUCCCAUUGUAUAUUGUGAUGUUUAGAUAUAUAUUUGCUUCAUUAUUUGCAGGAAGGUGACUAUGAGAUGAAGCACAUAGAUAAAGUUGGAACUCAGACGUAGAAUGUAGCUAUUGCCCCCUUUGCUCUGUCCACAUUUGGAGAUGAUAUUAGUGUAGAGAUUAUCCAACUCAUAUGCAGCUUCUAGUUGUAGAGAUUAUGAUGUUAUUUAGAUAUAUUUGACACUUUGAUUAUGGAUGGAUAAAGUUAUUUGGAUGAUUAAAUAUUUAUAUAUGUUUUGGCUGUGGAAUA